AUGGAUGCAAUAAACGACGGCAUCGCGGGUCUGGUAGAUUCGUCUGGCAAGAUCCUCCUCGCUUCCUACCGACUCCGCGACCGAAUUCCACAGUCCAAAGAUGACAUUGACGCCCUCAUUGUUGAAGUUGAAUCACUCUCUAUCGUCUCCGAGGACGUUAAAGACUCCUUCACCCAGGCCUCCCGGGAAAAUAAACCAGUUGUUCAACUCGAGGUGCCAAGCGAAGAUGGACUGCAAGGUCAAUCGGCACUGGCAGCUUGUCGAUCCGCAUUGGAUGAGGUCGACAGUAUUUUCAAACAUCUACUCGAUGUUAUUGGUCCCUUCAGUAAGCCAGGAUACAAAGGCGAGCCCGAAUGGGCAUUUGAUUCGGCUACCUUGACGAAGAAGCUCGAUACACUUCGUAAGGCGAAAUCGACGUUAAAUCUGACGGCGUUCGCUCUCCAAAGCGCUUUAUCUCCCGGCGAUGAGUCGUCACAGGAUGAGAAGAGCUCCCCACCUGGAAAAGAUGGCGACGACUUCCAAGUUGUUCCUUCGCAGCGGGAAAAGACCGAAAUGUUAUCGUGGUAUAAGACCAGCGACCCCGAGCGCAAACACAUAUAUUGCCAGGGGAUCCGUGAACAGGGAACGGGUUCCUGGAUCUUUGCGAAUCCCGAAUUUCGACGGUGGAAAAAUGCCAGACAGCAGUUGCUUUGGCUUCAUGCCAUACCAGGAGCAGGAAAGACAAUCUUAGCCUCAACGAUCAUCGACCACAUGCAAAAUUACGUUCGCUCCAAAGUGGGCAAUAUUGGUCCUUCGGAUCGUGUGGUCUACUUUUAUUUCGAUUUUGCUGAUACCAACAAACAAAGCCUUGCAAGUCUCCUGGAGGCCAUCGUUUAUCAGUUGCUCUCGAAGAAUUCCGAACCUUCGGAACUGGUGAUGGAGUUACAUGCCAGCCUUAAAAGCAGGGGCCGAAAUUCAGCCAACGCGGAAGAGCUCCUUGACGCAUGCUUUGCUGAGGCUGCUAGCAGUAGCAGGACCUUCUUGAUCAUCGAUGCUCUGGAUGAAUCACAAAAAGAAGAACGGGGAGAAAUCUUUCAGAAGUGCUUACACAAGCUUCUUGCCAACAAUUUCAGCGUCCUCAUCACAAGCCGCAAAGAGCCUGACAUUGAGAAUUAUUUCGAAGCCUUCUCCCCCCAAGUCAUUAAUCUCGAAGCGGCGGAGGUUGACGAAGACGUCAGAAAACAUGUCAACAGCGUCAUAAAUAGUGACUCGACCUUGAGUGCAAUGCCGCAGGAAAUACAGAGGGAGAUAUGCGAUGAGAUUGUGGCCGGUGCAGGUGGCAUGUUCCGUUGGGCAACGUGCCAACUUGACAGGAUCAAACAAUGCCUGUCUCCGGCCAUGAUCCGUGCAGAGCUUCAAUCGAUGCCUGAAACUUUGGAUGAGACAUACGAGCGGAUUCUGGGCUCGGUGCCUCAUGUUCAUCGGGAACUCGUGCAAUCGGCGCUGAAAUGGUUAGCCUUCUCUUCUCGGCCGCUACUGCUGGAGGAGCUGGCAGAAGCUGUGGUCCUGAGCCCGGGACACGGGGAUUUCAACCCGGCAUCCUCCCGACUUUUUACGGCAAAGGCCAUCGUGGACCUUUGUGGUGUUCUGGUUGCGCAGACCACAAUCGAUCCACGCAGAGAGAAUUUGCAGUGGAUAAGGAAGAAGGGAGAGGUUGAGGCUCGUGGCAGACAGAAUUUCUACAACAAGAUGGCCACUGUUGUCUCUUUGAGUCAUUAUUCCGUCAAGGAAUAUCUCGUAUCCUCCAGGCUUCAAGAGAGUGCUUUCUCUGGUUACCAUGCUUCCGAACAGGAGGGUAACUCUUUCAUCGCCCGCAGCUGCCUCUUUUAUCUGACGCAGUUCAACCAGGGCAAAGUUGCUUCGGAUCUGAAUUUUCAAGAGUGGCCGCUUCUGCAAUAUGCCGCGGUGGAAUGGAUAAUGCACUGGGACAAGGCGGGUAUUAUGAGAACCGACGACACUCUCCGCCAGGUUUACGAGAAGCUCUUUCAGCCAGAAGAUGCCAGGGCCUACAUCAACUGGCUCAACAUCUAUUCCCCUGAUCUUGACUUCGAAGCCCGGUUUGGCUACCGUUACUUCGAUCCAAUCAAGCAAUCAGCAGAUUUAUUUCCCCAGCGGCUAUACUGGGCGGCUCUUCUCGGAGACCCGCUGCUCAUGGAGCCGAUGAUCAGUCGAGGAGCUGACAUUCACGCGCGAGGAGGCUAUUUUGGUUCUGCUCUGGGCGUUGCUGUCUUCCGCGGGCACACUGAAGUGGUGGAGAAUCUUCUUCAAGCCGGGGCAAGCCCCAACACAGAAUCUAAUAGGUUUGGAAGUGUUCUUCAAAUCGCAGCCGUGGGAGGCUCCAAGUACAUGGUAGAGCGCCUUCUGCGGGCUGGUGCCGAUGUCAAUGCCCCAGGUGGCCAGAAAUGGGGCUCUGCUCUCAUCGCCGCGGCUGCCAACCAGCAUCAUGAUAUUGUGUCUCUUCUGAUUGGAAACGGUGCUGACCUCAAUGGUGGCGUUCAAGAGACGGGGUCGGCGUUGUACGGAGCAGCAGUGGCUGGUGAUGUGAAGCUCGCGAGAGUUCUCCUGGCUGCCGGCGCUGAUGUGAACGGCUCUCCGUCCAGCCAUGAUCCCUCUCCCCUCUACGGAGCUACAAAAGCAGGCUCCUUGCCGCUUGUGAAGCUACUCAUUAGUCAUGGUGCUGAUGCCAACAAAGCAGGUCCAGACGACAUUUCAAAUGCAAAAUAUCCUCUUCAGGUUGCCGCCCACGAUGGUCUAACUGAAAUCGUUUGUUUACUUCUUUCGGCGGGCGCAGAUGUCAACAAAAAGGGGAAAUAUAAAGCUACAGCCCUUGAGGAAGCGAUUUCCCAUAAGGAAGAAGCGAUGACCAUAAGCAAGAUGCUUCUGGAUGCCGGGGCGGAUAUCAACGCCGACUCUAGCUCCACGUUUCAUGACUCGAUAUUCUCAAAGGCUGUGUCCUAUCGUCGUUUUGAUCUGGCUAGAAUGUUGCUCGAUCACGGCGCUGAGCUGAACCCGCGUGGAGUGUCAGGUGCUGUUAUAGCAUACAAAAAGGCUCCGUGGGUAUUCGAAGCGUUCAUGGAGAGGAAUGUUGAUGUGAAUGUCUCCGCACCAUAUUCUGGCAGCCCGUUAAGCACACCAUUACACGUGGCCGUGAUGAAACGUGACUGUGGUGAUGAGUAUGUUGUGCGGAAACUCUUGGAGAGAGGUGCGAAUGUCAAUGCCAUUAACGAAAGUCAAUACACCACACCUCUCGUUUUGGCUGCGAAGGGUGGUUCAGCCAAUAUUGCCCGACUGUUGAUCGAAUUCGGGGCGGAUAUUCAACGCACUAUCAAUUACUCUGCGUUUGAAAUGGCAAUAGCCCAUGCUUGUAAAGAUGGUGGAUCACUUGAAGUCGCGGAGAUUCUCUUGGAAAGUGGUUUCAACCUAGCUGAGAACACGGAGAUGGCACCGUUCUGGCCAAUACAGACGCCCAAGCCCGAGAUCCUACGCUGGUUAUCGCACAAGGGGCUUGACUUGAAUAGGAUUCUUGGCCCUAAAAAACGGGCAAAAGGCGGCUUUAUCUACGGUGAUUUCCGUGGCAAUAGCUUGACCCCAAUCCAGCUUGCAGCUAAAGACGGCAGCGUUGACAUGCUCCGGUUGCUUCUUGAGCUAGGGGCCGACGUCAAUGGACCAGACGAACAAGUUGAGACAACCCUGCAUUAUGGACUCAAGUCGGGUGAUAAAGACGUGGUCCAGUUUCUCCUGGACAAUGGAGCCCUCGUCAAGAGGGGCUCAAAUCUAAUCUGGCAUGCGAUCAAGCAUGAUCUGGACGAAUACGUCCCCGUUCUCGUUGAGAAGGAGGUCGACCUGAAUCAGGAAUAUCAGAAUCAAAGCCCCCUUGCGCUGGCUUUUUCAUCUGGAAAGCACAGCCUUGUCCAGUAUCUUUUAAGCCAAGGUGCCACAUUCUCCACAGGUAGUGCUGAGCUUGCAAGAGAGCUUGCCACGAAGGGGUCACUCGAUGACCUGAAAUUCCUACUUGAUCAUGGCCUGGAUCCAAACAGCAAGCGGGGAAAUUAUGUAUCCUUACUUGCAGCCGCUUGUGCAAAUGCAGAUUUAGCCGUUUUAAAGCUUUUGAUAGAUACAGGAGUGCAACUAAGUGGAAAGACUUGUCAACAUGCGUUUGGGGGCGCCUGCAAAACUGGUCACAUUGAGAUGGUAAAAUUCCUCUUCGAACAUGGUGCCGAUGUUGACAUCGCAGCAGCACUACAGGAGGCCUUCAGUGCGCCUAACAACCUCGUAAUGGUCGAGCUUCUUAUGGAACGAGAGAAAACUGUUCAACCAGAUCUUGGAAAAUGCUUCCAGGCAGCAGCGAAAGCAGACUGCCAAAAGUCUAUCUCCUAUCUUCUCAAAUUGUCAAAGAACCCGUCCGAAACCGCAAAAUGUCUGGGACAAGCCCUCCAGAUAGCGGCAAGCAACUCCAAUUUAGCUCUUUGCAAGUGGUUAAUCGACGAGCACGACGCAAACGUCAAUUACUUUGGCCUCCCUGAAGGAAGCCCCCUUCAGGCGACCCUCGGCCAUGUUUACAGUAAAGAGGGGACCCAAAUGCUCGUUUUCCGUCUGCUCCUCGAGCGAGGUGCCAAUGUCAACCCCCCAAUGAUGGGGAAGAAGCCGGAGACCCAGACGCCCUUCAGCAGAAAACGUUAUUAUUUGAGUUAUCCUAUCGACAUUUCCACUACUUUCGCAUCGCCCCUUUCGCUUGCUAUCGCAGGCGGGCGUUGGGGCAGCGCUCAAAAGCCAUUCGUGGAGCCACUGCUGGAUCUCGGGGCAGAUGUAAAUGGGUUUGGCGGACAGUACCACUCUCCUCUUCAAGCCGCCGCACUCCGCUACCCGGAGAUGGUCGGUCCACUGCUUGACGCAGGUGCCGAUGUGAAUGCAACAGAUGAUGAGAGCGUAUUCGGCACAGCACUUCAUGCUGCUGCGUACAACAGAGACCUGGCCACCGCCAAGCUCUUGCUCGACCAUGGGGCGGAUGUGAAUAUCAUUGCGGGCGACCAUGGAACCGUGCUGCGAGCAGCUGCCCGUGACGACUCGCGUGGCGGUAGCCGGCAGGCAACAAUCGAGAUGAUGAAUCUGUUAUUUGAGGCAGGCGCGGAUGUUCACGCGCAGGAUCAUGAAGGGAACUCGGCGGUACAAGCAGCUGCUCAACAGGGGAACGUUGGAGCGUUGGAAUGGCUGAGAGAUCACGGCGCGGAUAUCUGCGCCAAAGGCGGGAGCAAAGGCAAUGCGUACCAGGCCGCGCUCAAGAACCUCAAGAACAACCGUUGUGUUGAAUGGGAGGCCGUUACAUGGUUGGAGAAGCAUUACGGUAGGGACUGUUGGGACUGUGACCUUCUCCCAUAG